AUGGCGUCAUCCCAGUCCUCUUCAUCGUCUAUUCGUCCGCAGGCUGGAUUCAAUGAUGGGGAACAGCAGCCCCUACCUCAAGUUGACACUUUGAUCUCGUAUUUACUGGGUGCCAAACGUUCACUGUCUUCAAUUACUCAUGUCUGGCGAGCCAAUGAAAUAGUCACUGCAUCACACACGGCAUUGGAGAAAAGUGUUGUCGUGUGCUCCCGGACAGGCUUCUUACGUCGAGGCCUCAAUGGACAACUCCGGCUUUUAUACGAUGUUCGUACAGAGGUCGAACAGAUAUCAUAUCGAGGUCGUGAUGAGUUUUCAGUGGCACUCAAAAACUUGGAUGCUGCCGAUGCUCGGCUCAGAAAUACGCUAGAUCUGCUCCGCGGGACUAUCGUUCACACGUCAUUCAGACCUGGUGAUGAAGAGCAGAAGUCUCUACAUGACUUUGUAGACGAGCGAGGUGUUGAAGAACUACAUGCCUCUCUAAAAGCUUCUAUUGACCGCACUAACACGGCGCGCGCUGAAUUGGACACGUCCAAUCGUGAAUUUGAUGACGAACUUCAAGCCACCAGACAGUCGCUUCGUCACUACCACACAGCCACCAAGUUGGCGUCAUCCCGAUUAUCAAUCACAUCUUCCUCGUCAUCUGCGUCCGAUUCCGGCCUUCUCACUUUGGCGUUUAUGCCGGGUCAGAUCCAAUCACUGGAGGCCCAUGCUCAAGAAAUGGCCAUUCUAUUGGAAGCACUGGUUCGGCAUUUCGAUCUCUGUGUUACCGCUGUGAAGCAUACAGAUGGCGGAGGAGCACUUGCGCGAUCUAUCACGGGUGAUAUGUCAACUGGUGUUGAUGGCAGCAAUGAUGGAAUGCCAAAUAUAGGGGCAGAGAUCAACGCCAAUUUGAAUGCACCUCUUGACCCGAUGACUGACGCCGAGUAUCAGGAGAUGGUGGCUGUCUUGAUCAAAGAUGCUCCCGAGGCUGAUGAUGUUGUUAUGGAGAUUCAAGAUCGCAUUAAUGAAAUGGAAUCCGUAUUUGAACAAGUGCAAGCUCAGCGAGAUGCUCUGCUGUCCAUUUACAAGGCAACGAUCGAAGUUCACAGCCACCUAUCCUCUCUUGCCUCCUCUCGCUUACCCCGUUACAUAUCUCAGGCACAUAAUUUCACGCGCGUGUGGCUCGAAGAAAAUGACCGCAUCAACUCCGGCCUCGCGGAGCUCACUGAUCUACACUCCCUGUACGACGGAUUUCUGAAUGCUUACGACAGCCUGCUGCUGGAAGUAGCACGUCGACGUCAUGUUCGUCAACGUGUAGAAAAGGUGCUCCGAGAUACUCGGCACAAGCUGGACCAGCUAUACGAUGAAGAUGCUUCUGCUCGUGAUACUUUCCGUGUUGAACAGGGAGAUUUUCUUCCUUCUGACAUAUGGCCUGGGGUUGGCUUAGCACCAAUGCAAGUGCAGUUCUUACGCCUCUCAGGCGGCCACCUGGAUAAUGAUCCUGUGACGCAGAAGGCUUCGGAGGAACCUGGUGUAUCUGAGUAUACAGGGACUACCGAGGCAGGAGUAUCAGAUGGAAGCUCGGAAGGAGAACAAAUCCCUGACCUGCCGAGAGGCCUUGUUGAGGAAGCUUAUGCACGGGUCAAGGCACGAAGCCAGGUCGUGCUCCAAAUGCAAUCCCCAUGA